AUGGACCGUGCUUCGAAACGAUCGCUGGAGCGCACCGAGGGCUUGAGCCUCGUGGCGCCUUCUGUCCUCAAGGAAGUCGAGUACCGACGGGCAACACGACGGGAGCUCGUGGUGCUGCUCCGCCGAACGCAAGCUUUGCAUGAGGCAGCGCAGACGCCAGACUUAAGGAUGCGAGGACGCAAUGGCCCAGCACAUCGCCGCUCCCGCGCGUACGACCUCGCCGAGGCGCAAAUGUCCCUCGUUACGCUCUUCUCCAGCGCAAAACGAUGUGCGCUGGACGACUACGUGGCCAACGGUCUUGAUGACGCGCUGC